AUGACAUCUAACUUGGCAGAGGCCAUGAACUCUGUACUAAAGGCAACCAGAAACCUUCCAAUCACUGCUUUGGUCCAGUCUACAUACUAUCGAAUGGGUUCACUCUUUGGUAAACAAGGACACAAAUGGACCAAAAUGCUAGCUACAAGGAAAGUUUUCACAGAUGAUUGCAACAAGGGAAUGGAUGAUGAGGUAGCUAAGGCUAACACACACAAUGUCAUGCAAUUUGAUCGUGAAAGAUUCUGUUUUAUGGUGCAGAAAAAAUUUAAUCAAAAUGAUGGUCGUCCAACGGGUACUUUCAGCGUUGACCCGAGGAAUUGUUGGUGUGACUGUGGAAAAUUUUAA